AUGACUGUUGCCGAACCCACAAUUACAUUCAGAGGAACUUCCUCCACAUACAACGAUAUCGAGCUCUUCCGUGAAGGCGAAAUUGGUAAAGCAAAGGUACUCAACAGGGUUAAGGAUGACAGGGUUUUGAAACCCACAGCUGAGGAUCUCACUGUUUCCGAACCUGUUACAGCAGAUAAGAUUGCAGAGAAGCUUGAGAUUUACGGAGGUUGUAGAGUUAAGAACUACCUUCCAACUGAAGUUGCUGAUCAGAUCUGGAAUGAGGUAGAGCCUUACUUUGGUGGAGGAAGAAAAUGGGAAGGUGAUUUCUUUCCUAAAGAAACUAGCAGAGUCUGUGGAAUUAUGAACAAGUCCAAGACUGCUUGUGAGAGAUACCUGACUCAUCCUUUGCUCACGGAGGUUGCGGCGCGCUUCCUUGGUAAGGAAAACGCAUUUAUCAUGGGGCAAGAACUGAUUACGGCUUAUUCUGCACCUCAGCUCAACUCAUCCGUGACCUUCAACAUCGGCCCAGGUGCUCAUGGCCAGCCUUUGCACCGUGAUGACAUUAUCCACCACAACAUCCGCAAAUACCGUGAGAAAUACGAGUAUGGUAGUGAGACCGCUCUCGGUUGCAUGCUCGCCCAUAGCACAACCACCUACUACAACGGUGCUACUAAGUUUAUUCCAGGCUCGCAUUUGUGGGACCACUACCGUGUUCCCAGUGAGGACGAGUGUGUCUACGCUGAGAUGGAGAAGGGUGAUGCUUUCUUCAUGUUGGCUUCCUGUUUCCAUGGAGGCCACGCCAACACUACGAAGGACGAGCAGCGCAAACAAAGUAUCUUGUUCAUGACUCAGGGAGUAUUGAGACAGGAGGAGAACUUAUAUCUCGAAACCCCUCUGGAUUACUUCAAGACGCUCUCCGUUGAUGCGGUGAAGGCCUUUGGAAUUCCUUCUAGUGAUCCAAAGCUGGGUUAUGUGGGAGAUCUCGUCAACCCUCUAUACCUCGUGAAGCCGGAGCUUGAGAACGAAAAGGGUGCGGAUGAUCCUUUUGAGAAAACAUAUCAAUUAGCUUGA